AUGAGAACAAGACCUGAUCUGGCAUUUGCAGUCGCUACCGUGGCCAAGUUUGGAUCUCACCCUGGGCACGUACACUGGAGUGCGGUAACCAGAAUUCUGAGAUAUCUUCAAGGAACCUUAGAACUUGGAAUCUCCUAUUCCCGCACUAGCACAAGUGAACUGGUUGGGUUCUUGGACUCGGAUUGGGCGGGAGAUCCUGAAGAUCGGAAAUCCACAUCCAGCUAUGUGUUCAUGUUGGCCGGUGGUCCAAUUUCGUGGAAAAACCAGAAACAAAAGUCGGUAGCACUUUCUACAGCCGUAGCCGAAUAUAUGGCCCCUUUGAGUACUGCUCAAGAGGCACUGUGGUUGCGAAAUGUGCUGUUGGACAUGGGUGUCAAUGUGAAUUCUCCUACAACUAUUUUCGAAGAUAAUCUUGCAUCCAUUGGUUUGGCUAAGAAUCCACAAUAUCAUGGACGGGCCAAACAUAUAAGCAUUCGAUACCAUUUCAGGCGAGAACAAGUCCAACUAGGAACGAUUGUCAUCAAGUACUGCAAGACUGAAGACAUGGUAGCCGACAUGUUAACCAAAGCUGCGGCCAGACCGAAGCUACAAAAAUUGAAUCGGCUGUGCAAUGUUGGUGUUCGGAGCAUCGAGUGA